AUGAAGGAGAAUAAAGCAAACCUGCAGCAACUGGGCACAGAUUUGCUGAGAAGGAAGGCCACUUGUGACAUGCUAAGAACUCCUCCUACUCCACGUGGCCCCGCCACCGCCUCUACCCACUCCGAUGCUCCUCCGCCCCUUCAAAUCCCCUCUCCCCCGACCGAUCCCCCUCCUCUCCCCUCCCCACUCCCCUUCUCUCUCCCCUCUCUCUCCCUCUCGCUCCGCCAUGGCUCCCUCGACCCUUCCUCCCCCUCCCUCUCCCUCCGCCUCUUCCCCUCCCGCACCAAGGGCGCCUCCUUGGUCCUCCCUUCCCUCCCCCUCAAGGUCGCCAUUGAAGCCCUCCGCAUGGUCCUCGCCUCCGUCUUCGAGCCCCGCCUCGCCACCUACGCCUACGGAGGCCGCGGCCCCGCCAUCGGCCGCCACACCGCCGCGCGCUACCUCAAAUCCGCCGUGGAGAGCCCCUCCUGGUGGUUCCGCGUCGCCCUCCGCCGCGAGCCCUUUGGCCCUCGCCAUGUGCGCCGCCUCUGCGCUGCCAUUGCCGAGAAGGUCGACGACCCCGACCUCCUAGCCCUAAUUGAGCGCCUCUUCACCUCGGAGGCGCUCGCGAUCGAGCUCGGCGGGGCCCAGUUGGCGCGGGGGUUCCCCCAGGAGAGCGGCCUCGCCCCGAUCCUCCUCAACAUCUACUUCGACGCCGUAGAUCGCGAGAUUCAGAAGAUUCGAGAGGAGGUGCACAAGAGAAACCCUAGGCUUCGAUCCCUGCCGAAUGAGGAAGAUUCUAGGGUUUUCCACCGACCCAUUAGGGUUUAUGCCGUUAGGUACUUGGAUGAGAUACUGGUCGUCACCUCGGGAUCGAAACUUUUCACCAUGAACAUCAAAGAUAGAAUUUUGAAGCUUCUAGAAGGGGAAUUGGAGCUUAUAAUCGACAAAUUGGGGACGUCGAUCCACAGCGCGGUUUCGGAGAAGAUGGAGUUCAUGGGGAUGGAGCUUCAAGCAGUUCCUCCUUCGGUUCUAAACCCUCCCUUAUCCGAAAAAGCCAUUAGGGCUAGGAAGAAGUACUUAAAGAGGAAGGCGGCGAAGGCGCAAGAGUUAAAAAAUGCCCGCGAGACCAGGAGGAAGAAACUGGGGUUGAAGAUACUAAACCACUUGUUCAAGAAGCUCAAGCGCGGGCAUGCCGUUGAAUGUGGUUUCCGAAUCGAAAGUGAGGUUAGAGAUAUUUUUAGGGGUUGGGCCGAGGAUGCGGUGAAAGAAUACUUUUCGUCGAAGGAGCAUUGCUUUUAUUGGCACCGAAUGCUCACCAGAGGUGAUUUUUUGUCUUUGAAUAGAAUAAGGGAUCAGUUGCCACCGGAGCUGGUUGAAUCCUACGACCAGUUUCAAGAAAAGGUCAAUAAGUAUUUGAUGCCUGCAUGGGCUAGUAGAGCUUUCGAGGAAGAAGAAGAGAGACGAGCUGAGGAGGAAGAAGAGAGGAGAUAUGCUAAGAGGACCGUCGAUGACUUGACGGAGUUAAAGAUGAGGGUGAAUGCACCUAUUGAGCUUGUGAGAAGGGCGGUUAAAUUGGCCAAGUUCACUAAUUCGAUGGGUCGGCCUCGUCCCAUCAAGCUACUACUGUGUUUGGAUGAUUCCGAUAUCAUCAAAUGGUAUGCGGGAGUGGGGAGGAGGUGGUUGGAUUUCUUCUGCUGUUGCAAAAACUUCAAAAUGGUUAAGACCGUCGUUAAUUACCACUUGAGGUUCUCUUGCUUCUUAACGUUGGCGGAGAAGCACGAGUCGACCAAAAGACAAGCAAUUAGCCAUUAUACGAAGGAUUUAAAAGUAAUUAACGAUAAUGGAGAGGCAGAAGUGCACUUCCCGACCGAGAAGGAGAUCAAAAUGAUGGGCGAUAAGAAUCUUGCGGAUCCAAAACCUGUUGAUGGCGCUUUGUCCAUGAUUUUGGUCAGGCUCGCAGUCGACGAGCCUAAGUGCACGUGCUUGGCACAUUUCUGUACCAGAAGAGAUACCGUGCUCUAUCGAGUGCGGCUACUUCAGAACAGAUUGAAUGUGGACCCCAUGAACGAGAAGAAGUGGGUGCCGGGGAUGGGUGCGAUUCACGAGAGUCUGAAUAAGAAGUGCUUUCCGUUGUGCUCGAUGCAUGCGAGCGAUUUGCUCCUCGGCAGAAUGUCUCUUCAAGAUAUCGACUGUACUUCAUUCGUGAAUGUGGAGGAGAAUUCGCUUGUUCCAAUCCUCUCAUAGCGAUCGGAAGUUCAUAUUCGCCAUUUAUGUUUGAUGCGCAGUUAUUUAUUCAUCAAAUCCCUCUUUGAUAAUACAAUUCUUCAUUAUUUCUCUUUCUGAGGGAAACUGCUGAAGGGUUUUCAGAUUGUAACAUCAUAUAUACUGGUGAGAGAACUAAAUCUAGGACUUGGUGUGGACUAAAAUCAGGCGCUCUGGAUGACGUGGCAACAGGUGACGGACACGCGUCAUCUCCGCAUUGGUGGAGCGCAUUCUCUCCGCGUCUAUAAAACGCUCCCUUCCCACGGGAGAGAACCCUAAAAAGCGAUGAGUUCCUCCCUCAGCCUCUCUCCGCCGCUUCCUUCGUAGGGUUUGAUUCAGAGUCCCAAGUUUCUCGGUGGUGAUUAUGUUGUUAGAAGAAGUGAUUAGAAGUAAUUGUCAAUUUGAGGUUGCAUUUUUAAAGUGCGCGCAUUAAUCAAUCACAAAAAAAAAAAAUUGCAUGGAAAACUCAGAUUUUAAAUCUUCAAUGCAACAUAAAGAAUUAUAACAUGCAAGGCUAUAAUAAAGGUUUUUUUUUACGCUAACUCCAGGUUAGGAGUGUAA